UCAAUACUGUUGGCAACACUGCCUGCUAUUGUCAAUCAACUGAUUAAAUAAAUAAGCCAAAACACCAAAGAACAUAAUUGCAAAACAAAAUAAACUGUAUAUAUUCGUGAAUUUUGUUAUGAUUUAAUUUCAUUUUACGCUAUAAAAAUAUGGGGUGCUGUUACAGUUUCUUUUGCAACGAUGAUAGUUCUUCGCAGGCUGGCGAGCCUACAGAAAGGACUCACUUACUUGUUAAUCCAGUUUCCAUCAACACAACAGUUGUACAUGCAAAUAGCGAGGAUUAUAUAUUUAGAAAUGCUAAUACCUUGCCAAAGAAGACUGAUGAGCAAUCAGCUUUAAAUAGGAUAUUACAAGAAACAGCCACGAAUGUAAUUGAUGUGGCAGCCUUGGAUUCACACAAUUUACAACAUCAUGAGUAUUUAGAAAGAAUGAAACACUAUAAUGUCAAAGUGCAGCAAGUUAUGGGAAAUAAUCGAAAUGCUUUAUCUUACAAAGUUAAACUUAGUUUGUUGCAAGAUAUCCCCAUGCCAGAAAAAGUUAUGAUGUCUGAACCAAUUAACCCAGAGGAUAUAAAAUUGAUUAAUUCAUUUUUGAGUUCUGCUGUAGCAUCAAUACAAGAUAUAAAAGUGGAGCAUAAAGAGAAUCUUGUGGAACCUUUUGGUAUAAAUUGUUAAGAAAAUGACAGUAAUAGUCAGAAAAAUAAUAUAUAAUAAAAGUGAUGUGACAAAAAUAUAAUUUGACAAAACCCACAAGCAAAACCAUAAAAAACUAUAUACUGAUUGUCAUAAAUGAUAUUUACUCUACUACUAAUUUGAUGCAAUUAGCACAAAUAUCAAAAAUAUUUUAGUAAGGUGAAUAAGUGCUAAGCUAUUUUGUACAAUAAGUUUUACUUUUAAGAUAAAUGAUUUUUCCAAAAAUUUUGUUUAUAAAUAUUUGUAAAUUUUAGGAUAAG